ACGAGGAAGGAAGGACUUCAGACAGAAGCCGAUUAUUAGCGCACUCGGCAGGCGGUGUGUCUGCUUGGAAAGGAACAAAUCAUGAAGAACGAAGGUAUAGAGGGAAUGGAGCGGUUCGAGAGCCCAGAUAAAGGCAGGGGCCUGCUGGCCGUGGGUCAUUUCGCGGUCGGGGAGCUGGUGUUCGCCUGUCCUGCUUACUCCUACGUGCUGACGGUGAACGAGAGAGGAGCUCACUGUGAGCACUGCUUCACCAGGAAAGAAGAUCUGUUCAAAUGUGGUAAAUGUAAGCAGGCCCACUACUGCAAUGUUGACUGUCAGAGAGGCGACUGGCCAAUGCACAAGUUGGAGUGUGUAGCCAUGAGUGUGCACGGGGAGAACUGGUGUCCAUCAGAGACGGUCAGACUGGUGGCCAGAACCAUCAUGAAACAGAGAGUUACAACAGAGCGCACUCCCUCUGAACGGCUGCUGCUGCUCAAAGAGUUUGAAUCCCACUUGGAUAAGAUGGACAAUGAGAAGCAGGAGAUGAACCAAGCAGACAUAACAUCUCUGCGUUAUUUCUACUCCAAGCACAUCAGUAACCUCCCUGAUGACCAGGCUCUAACUGAGCUUUUUGCACAGGUCAACUGUAACGGUUUUACCAUCGAGGACGAGGAGCUCUCCCAUCUGGGAUCAGCUGUUUUUCCUGAUGUAGCCCUGAUGAACCACAGCUGUAGUCCAAAUGUUAUUGUAACCUACAAAGGCACGGUGGCUGAAGUCAGAGCUGUUCAAGAAAUAAACCCAGGGGAGGAGAUCUUUAACAGCUACAUAGACCUGCUGUAUCCUACAGAGGACAGGAGAGAGAGGUUACUGGAUUCCUACUUCUUCUCCUGCCAGUGCACUGAGUGCACCUCCAGGUCUAAGGACAAGGCAAAAAUGGAGACUAGGAAACUGAGCACCCCUCCAGAACCAGAAGAAGUCAUCUCCAUGGUUUGUUAUGCCAAGAAUGUCAUUGAAGAGUUCAGAAGAGCCAAACACUACAAGACUCCCAGUGAGCUGCUGGAAAUGUGUGAGCUCAGCCUGGAGAAGAUGGGAGCUAUUUUUGUAGACACCAACGUCUAUAUGCUGCACAUGAUGUAUCAGGCCAUGGGCGUCUGUCUCUACAUGCAGGACUGGGACGGCGCUAUGAGCUACGGGGAGAAGAUUGUCCAACCCUACAGUGUUCAUUAUCCUGCCUACUCUCUGAACGUGGCCUCCAUGUAUCUGAAACUGGGUCGUCUGUAUUUGGGCCUCGAGAAAAAGACUCAAGGCGUCAAAGCUUUAAAGAAGGCUUUAAGGAUCAUGGAGGUGGCUCAUGGAAAAGACCAUCAUUACGUAGCAGAGGUCAAACGAGAAAUUAUGGAGCAGAAGUGAAGGAUUAACUGUUCCAAGGAGUAAAAAGAUUUUAACCAAGGUUCUGGAAGGAAAAAUCUAUUUUCAGAAGCAUUAAAUUAUACAUCAUAAAUGCGUGGAAAUGGAAUUAUGAUGCAU